AUGUGGAGGCAGGUGAUAACCCGAUUUGGCAUCUCGGAAGUCGUUAUCUCAGAUAACGGGACGCAGUUCACUGAUAAGAAGUUCGUGGAGUUCCUUACCGGACUGGGCAUAAAGCAGAAAUUCUCUUCGAUAGAGCAUCCCCAGACAAACGGGCAAGUCAAGGCCGCAAAUAAGGUCAUCUUGCUGGGCCUCAAGAAGCGGCUGGAUAAUAAAAAAGGUGCAUGGGCCGACGAACUCGCCUCAGUCCUUUGGUCUUACCGUACAACCGAGCAGUCCUCCACAGGAGAAAUCCCUUUCCGCCUGACGUACGGGGUAGACGCAAUGAUACCCGUAGAGAUCGGCGAAUCGAGCCCACGAUUACUUCUAAAGGGAGUGGAAGAAGCUGUAGAGAAGGACCUAGUAGACGAGGCUAGGGAGAUGGCCUAUUUGUCAGAAGUAGCACUAAAGCAAAGAAUGACCCUCCGCUACAACACCAAAGUGCUCAGGAGAGAGUUUAAACAAAACAACCUCGUCCUGCGGCGCAACGAUAUCGGGCUUCCGACCCAAGGGGAAGGAAAGCUGGCGGCAAACUAG